AUGGCUGAAAGCUUCACGCGGUUCCUGCCGGGGCUGCGCAGCAGCAAUAGCAGCGUGCGGCACCGUGCGGCGCAGAGCUUGCGGCUGUACAUCGAGUCCGAGUCGCGCGAUCUGUCCCAUGGACUUUAUAUGAAAUGGGUUACCGACAUCAGCGCACGCCUCAUGCUGCUGUGCAACUCGAACGAGAACGCAGAUCGUAUGGGCGGUAUUGCAGCCAUGGACGAGCUUGUAGAGCUCUUUAUCGCUGAGCGCAACGACCAGACUAUCAUCGAGUUCGCCCAUUCGCUUACUAAAGUCUUUGAGAAGAUCCCAAGCGCAGACCCGCCCAUGCUACGUGUAGCUGCCAAGGCGCUUGGUCACAUUGUGUCUACUGGCGGUACCAGUCUCAUUGAAUUUGUGGAGGACUAUCACGUUAAGCCCGCGCUCGAGUGGCUGAAGAACGAGACAUUUCAUGUACGUCGCCACGCCGCCGUCAUGAUCCUCAAGGAACUAUCUAUCAACGCGCCGUCCACGUCCUUCAGAUACAUGGACAAGUACUUUGACUUCAUCUGGAGUGCGUUCUGGGACUCGAAACUCGUAGUAAGAGUGAGUGCCAGUGAGUCGCUCCAGUCCUGUUUUAUGCUGAUCCAACAGCGCGAAUCCAAUCGUAAAACGUCGUGGUAUAACCGCGCACUGGACGAAGCCGAGGGUGCCUUUAAGCGUAACAGCUCAGACGCUACACACGGAGCGCUGUUGAUUCUGAAUGAGCUACUGCGCAAUACAGGAGACUUUAUGCACUCACACUACGGCCGUGCUUGUCGUCUGGUCUUCAGCCACCAGGAUCACAAAAGCGCUACUGUUCGCUCUGCUGUAAUCAGUCUGUUCCCUCGUUUGGCCAAGUUUAACACGUCAGUGUUCGUGGAGAAAUGCUAUCGUCCCUGUAUGAAUCAUUUGCUCGAGGUUCUCUUCUCAGCUACGACGACAACACGUCCGGACGCGCUGCUUUCUAUUGGAAAACUCUCGUUGGCUAUUGGACCGCUACUAGCGAGGGAUGAACAGGCUUUGAUGGCGAUUAUGAAUGGAAUUAAGGGCGGAUUACAGGUGCGUAAGAAGGACUUCGAUACACAUCGAGAGGCACUCGCGUGUCUACGGAUGCUGGCGGACACGGUGGGUCCUGCACUCAUCAGAGUCGACUUGGAGUCUAUGGUGGGGCCGCUGUUCCAGAACGACUUGGACUCGCCACUCGUGGAGACUCUGACGACUAUCGUCAAGAAGAUCCCACCGAUGAAGCCUAUUAUCCAACAGAAAUUGUUCGAACGACUAAGUUCGAUCUUGCGCUCCAGUCACAACAAUGCUACGGGAUCGGCGUCGACUCCUACCAGUAGGAGACUUAAAACAACGUCCAUUUCAGUGACGGGAGGCAUGCUAUCGAAUCUGUUUCUGUCCGCUACGGGGGCAAAGACUAAUGGAACGUCCGAGAAUGGUGCUCCGUCAGCUGAGGUGUCGUCGGCUAUUGCGAUGCAGGCGCUGGCAUUGGAGACGCUGGCGAACUUCGACUUCCAGGGCAACCGACUCAUCCCAAUCAUGUCUUUUGUUCACGAAACGGUGGUGAAAUUUCUUGAUCAUGAGGUUGCGACUAUCCGCAAGAGUGCUGCCCUCACGUGCUGUAAGCUGCUACUGCCGCAAGGUGAAGAUCGUGGUGGCAACACGGCGAUGACUUCGGAAGACUUUGCGCGUCCUGUCACGUCGGUUCUGGAACGUUUGUUAACUGUGGGUAUCGCCGAUAAUGAAGCGAGUAUUCGACUGCGUGUUCUCGCGUCGCUGGACUCCCGAUUCGACCCGCUGCUAGCACUGAACGAUAACUUGCGGUGCCUAUUUAUUGCGUUGAACGAUGAGGUUUUCAGUAUUCGGCAGACGGCCAUGAGCACGCUAGGACGACUUACACACCACAAUCCUUCUACAGUGCUGCCGUCGCUUCGACAAACAUUGGUGCAGCUGUUAGCGGAGUUGGAGUUUAGUGGAGACUCACGUGGCAAGGAGGAAGGCGCGCUUUUGGUUGGUUGUUUGCUGCGUUCUGCUUCACAACUGGCCCAGCCGUACGUUCUCCCUAUUCUUCGCGUGCUAAUGAAGAAUCUGCGUGAAGACUCAGAGCGUCGUAGUCAUAGUCGAAGCACUGUCAGCGUGAGCAAAGCCAUCUUGGCAACAUUGGGUGACUUGGCGGAAGUUGGAGCUCAAGAGCUGACGCCGUAUCUCGGUCAGCUGCUGCCGGAUGUAAUCGACGAGAUGCGAGACUCUAGCAACCCGCAGAUUCUACAAGUUGCUAUCAAAACGCUGGGUCAGCUCGUGUCGUCAACUGGUUAUGUGGUUCUGCCAUAUCACGAGUAUCCAGAGCUAUUGGACCUGCUGUGUCAAGCCCUACAGAAGUCUGGUGACGCAUUCGAGUCUUUACGUAUUGAAGCAGGACGUACGCUUGGUGUCUUGGGUGCGUUGGAUCCGUACAAUCUCCGCCUGUUCCAUUUGCAAAAGCAAGGCAAACUCACUGAUGCUAAGAAGAAGGAGUUCCGUUCCACUGCGUUUGCAGUUGAUGCUGGCGGCGUGUUUAGUCUAAUGGCCAUUGCAGCGAACCCUUCGCAAACGUUUUCGACUAAUGGAUUUGGCUCUGGUCCAAACGCGACAAAUGGAGCUCUUAUUGGUAUUCGAAUUGGCAAUGGAAUUGGCGGACCUGGAGUGCUUGAUGGCAGCAGUGAGGAAGACGCUCAGCAACUUGGAGAAUCGCUGUUGCUCACACCGGCGCGGAAGGUGGAAAAAAGUGACAAGAAGACUAGUGGAAAGCUGACUAAUAUCAUCCUGGAGGUCCCGCCUGACGACUUGCUGCCGUCAAUGAUCCCUGACUCCUCCCAGUAUUUUCCUACAGUCGCGACUAAUGCGUUGAUCAGAAUAUUGCUGGAGCCGCGUAACUCAGUACACUACCAGGGUACGUUCAUGGCCAUCAUGUACAUCUGCAAGAGCCAGCGGAAACGUAUGGGGCAGCAUUUGGACAAGAUCAUCCCAGCGUUUCUAUACGCACUGGAGAAGGUGAACCGCUCUCUACGCAAGUUCUUGUUCGAGCAGCUUUGCGACCUGGUGCAGAUUGUCGAGGAGCAGAUUCAGCCACACUUAGACCACGUGGCGUUGCUUUCUAUCGUGAACAGUUAUUGGGACGAACAUUUGGAAGAAGUUCUCAACUUGGUCAAGAAACUAGCGAAUUCGCUUGGUGAGAAGUUCCGUGUCUACUUACCGGAUCUGAUUCCUCAGAUGCUGCGUGUGAUUCGUACAGAACGUGACAAUCCAGCUCGACCUCGGACGCUUUUGGUGCUAAAAACUUCAGUAUCGCUCGGACGUUUGUUGGAUGGCUAUCUUCACUUGAUUAUCCCAGCUCUCGUGGCACUGAUCCAGAGUGAUGCAGAUAUAAAUGCAAGGAAACAGGGACUGGGCUCACUGGGUUCGCUGGUCAAGAAGCUUAACGUGAGUGUGUAUGCUUCGAAGAUCAUCCACAUGUUGGCACGUGUGAUCUCGUCGCAACCGGAGAUGGUGUAUCUGGCAAUGGAUUGCUUGUGCUGCAUGGUGUACACCAUGGGUGACGACUACGCGAUCUUCGUACCAGUUAUCAGUCAGGUUCUGGGCCGUCACACGUCACGUUCCAACGAUAUUUUCGAUCGCUAUGACCUUCUAGUGUCGAAAAUUCUGAAGUACCAACCGCUUCCUGUAGCUUCGUGGGCAACUGAUCCACUCAAAGCGCGCGUGGACACCUCAAAUGACCACAAGGACUCAAGCUUAGCUGGGCAAGAUGAAACGAAGAGUCUACCGUGCGAUCAAAAGAACUUGGUGAAGGCGUGGGAAGCAUCUCAGCGAUCGACAAAAGAGGAUUGGAACGAGUGGAUUCUCGCCUUCUCGGUUGAAUUACUGCGAGAAUCUCCGUCCCCUGUUCUCCGUGCUUGCAAGGAGCUGGCUUCGGUGUAUCAGCCUCUGGCUCGAGAGCUAUUUAACGCUUCAUUCGUCAGCGUGUGGCCUCAUCUUUCGUCUGCGACGCAAGAUAACUUGAUCAGGUCUUUGGAGUCCGCCUUCCAGUCGCCACAUUUGCCAUCGGAGAUUCUUCAGACGCUACUCAACCUUGCAGAGUUCAUGGAGCACGACGAUCAACCCCUACCGAUUGAUAUUCGAUUGCUCGGAUCUUUAGCGGACAAGUGCCAUUCGUUCGCGAAGGCUCUUCACUACAAAGAGCUCGAGUUCAACACGAACCCAAGCACUGAUGGGAUCCAAGCGCUUAUCAGCAUUAACUCGAAGCUGAAUCAGCCUGAGGCUGCACGUGGUAUCCUGAAAUACGCUUUGGAAAAGCUGCCAGGCAUUGAAGUGAAGGCUUCGUGGCACGAAAAGCUCCUGAGAUGGGAUGACGCGUUAGUGACACACGAUCGUGUCUUACUAGACAACCCGAACAAUGUUGAAGCCAUCUUCGGCAAGAUGCGUUGUCUGUGGGCCAUUGGCGAGUGGCGCAAAUUGAACGAUCACGUGCAGGAGACUUGGUCUAAGAUCUAUGGAGAAGGACAGGACCUGAACGGUGAACAGGAAGAUGGUGAGAAGCUGCUAGAUGUCCCUCCUGCUUUGAAGAGAGAGCUGUGCAGUAGUGGCGCACGAGUAGCUUUCUCGCUGCAGAAUUGGGACUCUAUUCCGAAGUACAUCAACUCAGAUAUGGACGCUACGGAGUCGCAUUUGUUCAAGGCGGUUGUGUCGAUCCGACGAAUGGAACUGGACGAGGCUAUGAACUCCAUCGGCGACUGUCGAAAGGAGAUGGACCCAACUCUACGUUCCCUUGUGAGUGAGAGUUAUGCUCGGGCAUAUCUUCCGGCGGUUGUAAACCUGCAGAUGCUGACGGAACUGGAGGAGAUCGUCUCGUAUCUGAAGACUUUUGCGUACAAGAACAACGGGGAGCUGACGCUUCUGUCAACUCCAGCUUCGUCCACUUCGAUGUCUACAACUGCGUCACGUCGCAAGCAGAGUAUCAGCAGUCUCAACUUUGUGUCGUCUUCGUCGUCCACUUCGUAUGGACACGAGAAGCAAGUAGCGCUGAAGAAAUUGCAGACGAUCUGGACGAGACGUAUGCUCGGAGUGGAGCGCAACAUCCAAGUGUGGCAGAGUCUCAUGUUGGUGCGGUCACUUGUGUUUGAUCCCAGAGAAGACGUCGAUAUCUGGCUCAAGUACGCGCGCUUGUGUCUGAAAUCGGGACAUAUUAACCUUGCAGCCAGCGCACUCUGGCGUGUCGGAGCACAGCCGUUCAUCCGCAGUGUUGAACGAGACCCGUAUGCGCCGAUUCCGAUCAAUCUCGGUGGUAACGCUGGAGCUAGUCAAGGUUUCGCAAAUGGCUUGUUGAGUCUAGCGGACAGUGCAGCGCAAGACCCGCGGGUGGCCUUCAGCUACCUGCGGCACUUGUGGGCAGAGAACCGCGAAGAUGUGGCUUUGAAGCAAAUGGAUUACUUCAUCGAAGCCUUGGAACAACAUGGGGAUCCAACGAACGAGGAUUUACGGAAGCUGCGAGUACAAGUGUAUAUUCAACUGGGUGAGUGGCAAAUGUCCCUUACUGAACCACACAAGCAAUCGUACGACCAUGUCCUCGAGUGUCUUGAGACAGCAACAAAGCUGGAUCCAACGAACGAUCGCGCGUGGCAUGAGUGGGCGCUUAUGAACUUUCGAGCGCUUGAGGCCACUGUGAAGGAAUCUGGCCAAGGAGAUCCGAAACGUUAUGCUGUUCGCGCCAUCCAGGGUUUCUUCCGAUCGAUCUCAUUCGGCCAUACAAGCUACGAUGUGACCAAGGAUGUUCUGCGGCUGUUGACGCUUUGGUUCACGCAAGGAAAUCGUAGCGAUGUGCACAUGGCUAUGGUCGAGGGUUUCCAGGAGGCGUCAGUUGACACGUGGCUGGAUGUGAUCCCGCAGCUUAUUGCGCGUAUCGAUACGCCGAACCCGAAGACCAGCGAACUGCUGCAUGACCUACUCUCUCGAAUUGGACAAGCCCAUCCUCAGGCUUUGAUUUAUCCCAUUACGGUGGCGUCCAAGGCGCUGAACCCGACGCGGAAGCACGCGGCAGAAGGAAUCCUUGCUGCUGUACGUCGACAUAGCUCCCAGCUCGUGUACGAAGCUGACAUGGUGUCGCGUGAGCUCAUUCGCGUGGCUAUUCUGUGGAACGAACUGUGGCAUGGCGCUCUCGAGGAAGCGUCGAAGCAUUUCUUCAACAAUCGUGAUGUGACUGCUAUGAUUGCUGAGCUGGCUCCGCUUCACGAGCAGAUGGAUAAGAUCGGCACAGAGGAGUCGCCUACGCUUCGUGAGGUGGCAUUCUAUCAAGCAUUCGCUCGGGAUCUGGCGUACGCGAAGGAAUGGACGAAUGUAUACGAACGCACGAAGAGUCUGGACGAUCUGAACCAAGCAUGGGACAUCUAUUACAGUGUGUUCUCGAAGAUCCGUAAGCAAUUGGCAAACCUGUCAACGCUGGAGCUUGGAAACGUCGGUCCGAAGUUACUAUCCGUGUACAACUUGACCCUUGCGGUGCCAGGAACAUACAAGGCUGGCGCUCCUAUUGUCCGUAUCCAUUCUUUCGACACGAAGGUGACUGUGUUGACAUCGAAGCAGCGACCCAGGAAGGUGACGAUCAAUGGAAGUGACGGUAAGGCCUACCCGUUUCUACUCAAGGGCCAUGAAGAUUUGCGUCAGGACGAGCGUGUGAUGCAGCUUUUUGGUGUGAUCAACACGCUGCUGGCCAACGACAGUGACACCAGCAAGCGUAACUUGGCUAUCCAGCGUUAUUCGGUGCUGCCGCUGUCGCACACGAGUGGUCUUAUCGGCUGGGUGCCCAACUGUGACACCUUACAUCAGCUUAUCCGUGAUUACCGUGAGGCGCGUAAGAUCCAGCUGAACGUGGAACACCGCCUGAUGGUGCAGAUGGCUCCAGACUACGACAAGUUACCGCUCAUGCAAAAGGUUGAAGCUUUCAAAUAUGCACUGGGCGAGACGACAGGCCAGGAUCUGUACCGAGUCUUGUGGCUGAAGAGUCAAGACUCGGAGGUUUGGCUCGACCGUCGACGGAACUUCACGCGGUCGCUCGCCGUCAUGUCAAUGGCUGGAUACAUUCUCGGUCUUGGUGAUCGUCACCCGAGUAACCUCAUGCUGGACCGUGUGUCUGGUAAACUCGUGCACAUUGACUUUGGCGACUGCUUUGAAGUAGCAAUGGAGCGCGACAAGUACCCGGAGAAGAUCCCGUUCCGACUCACACGUAUGCUUACACAGGCAAUGGAGGUCAGUGGUAUUGAAGGCAACUUUCGCUACACCUGUGAAGCUUCGAUGCGUGUGCUUCGUGAUAACCGCGACUCGCUGAUGGCGGUGCUUGAGGCGUUCGUGUACGAUCCGCUCAUUAACUGGCGUCUACUUAAGAAGGAUGCGGUGCCGUCUCAUGCUCAACCUGAGGAAGACGACGGCGCUGGUGCGGGACGUGGCGAUGUCACAGAUGCCAGCGUUGACAGGAGUUCUGAGCGUGUUGGCAACGAAGACGAGGCCGAUGCAGACGGCGAAGGUGACGUCGCGAAUGGAGGUCACGUCGAUGAAGACAAGCUGGCGGAAGGUAGCAUGAAGAGCUCGACGUCGUCGGCUCCCGUGACGCCUCGAAGGCGACGACACUCUUCGUCUGAAGCAGCGAUGCUGGGCUACAACAUGGACCUGUUGGACCCAGCGAUUGCACGCAACUCCAUGUCGGAGACACAGCGCGACAACUUCGGCACUUCGCUCGUCGCUGCAGAACACCCUCAGCUUAACGAGAAGGCGUUAAGUGUCAUUGAUCGUGUUAAGAAGAAACUGGCCGGUCGAGACUUUGAUGACGGUAGCAGAGUGCUUACUGUGGACGCUCAAGUGGAUCGACUGAUCCAUCAAGCCACGUCGCACGAGAAUCUGUGUCAGCUCUACUACGGUUGGUGUCCAUUCUGGUAG